AUGAAGAUGAUGUCUACGAAAGCUCCGGCAUCACCGACAUUGCCUUCAUCCGUAUUAUCUCCUUCAAGCCCGACCUCGUUGAUCCCCACACUCGCAGGAACCAGCCUGUCGACAACAGCACAACAGCCAAAAAGUUACCCCCUUCCACAAAUGAAGGCCGACCUGAAUGUGGCGAUCAACAACCGCGGAAAGCAUUAUACCUCCAAGUCUGCUUUGAUCGUUUUCUGGGAGAAAGAUGACACAUUGGCGGAUAGCGAUGCAGAGACUCUCAAAGCUGUUCUCACGGACUGUUUCGGGAUUAAUGCCCUGGUCUACAAGAUUGAAGCAAAUGACAAAACUCCCGCUUGGAAUUUGCGUAAAAAGAUUCAAGACAGACUGAACUCCCUUCGCUCCCCACGCAAAAAAGGCCAGUCACUUUAUGUAUUCGCAUACAUCGGUCAUGGUCGAAUGGAGGGAGGCGAAUUGCACCUAUGCUCCGGUUCAGGAAAGGACCUCCGUUGGGGGACGGUUAGAGAUCUAUUGUUUCGGGACUCUGGGGACCUGGACCAUAUUGACGCACUAGGAUUCCUCGACUGCUGCUAUGCUGGGGGCGCGCGAAGUACCGGUACAAGAGCCUUACAAAUUCUGGCGGCCACCAAUAAGAAUCAAACAAUGAGGUCGCGCAGAGACGGUAUAACCUUCACCCAGCGUUUCGGAAAGGCAGUUCGGUCACUACGCAAGUCAGGGGCACCGAUAAUUACCACGACUGCGAUCCUCGCUGACCUUGAACGCGAACGACCUCUUCAUGCCCCCAGGGCAGAGUUAAAGCGCUUAGGUACAGCUGGUACUAUUGCGCUCGGCUUCAAGCCUCCACACAGUGCCUCUUACCACGGCUCACCAUACCAGCCUUUCCCUCCUCAUCCGACGCGAGAAAAACAUGUUCUUGUGCACCUAACGAUUGAGGGCAAUGCUCAAACAGCCACUAAUGAGUUCCGCAAAGUGAUUGAGGCUUUGCCAGCCGAUAUGCAAGUUAGUCUCGUGGAUGCAUUUGAGACCUACGCCUCCGCGAUCGUUCUGUUUCGAAUGACAUACUCAGCGUGGGCUACGCUUUCAGCCACAGUCGAUUUUAAGAUGGUUGACCUCGUCAUUGGCAGAUCACUCCUCCACCACGAGCCGACUUUGCGAGUACUUGAGACGGUCAACCUACCUGCUGAGAAUAGUCCCUCGCUCAAGUAA